AUGAUUAGCUCUAUUGUUUUUAUUAACUCUAAAGGUGAAAUCUUAAUUUAUAGAAUUUAUAAGGAUGAUAUUAGCAGAGCAGAGACUAUGUAAUUCUGCACAAAUGUAGUAGCUCGUAAGGAAAGCAAAGAAUCCCCUAUUGUAAACAUAGAUGGUACUUCAUUUAUCCACGUCAGCUACAAAGAUAUAAUAUUAUUAGCCACAACUAAAUGUAAUAUAAAUGCUGCUAUGACAAUUUAGUUUCUUUAUUAGUUGAUAAAUGUUUGCAAGUCCUAUUUUGGUGAUUUCGAUGAAAACAAUAUUCGUAAAUAGUUUGUUCUCAUCUAUGAAUUGCUCGAUGAAAUUAUGGAUUAUGGUCUUCCUUAAAUUCUAGACCCCGAUCUUUUAAAGUAAUCAAUUCAAGAAGGAGGCAAGCAAGAUGGCAUGACUGAUAUAGAAAAAUUAAAAUAAUUUACUUAAUAAGCUACUAAUGCUUAAUCGUGGAGAGCACCAAACAUUUUCUACAAAAAGAAUGAAGUCUACAUUGAUAUUAUAGAAAGCGUAAAUGUAAGUAUGUCAGUUAAGGGAUCUAUCCUUAAAGCUGAUGUCUCAGGAAAAGUUAUGGUAAAAGCUCUACUCAGUGGUGUCCCUGAUUGUAAAUUUGGUAUGAAUGACAAGGUCUUAAUGGAAAAAGAACCUCCUAAACCAGGUUCAAAUCCUUAAUAAGGUGGCUAAAACAAUAAGGGUAUUACAAUCGAUGACUUAAAGUUCCAUCCUUGUGUAGUCCUUCCCAAGUUUGACAAAGAAAGAGCUAUCACAUUCACUCCUCCUGAUGGUGAGUUCUAGCUAAUGAGCUACAGAAUUACUGAGAAUGUCAAUUUACCUUUCAAAAUAAUGCCCGUAAUUAACGAAGAUGGAAAUAAUAUUGAAGUAAGAGUAAAGCUAAAAUCUAUUUUUGAUAAAACUCAAUAUGCAACUAAUGUUGCUUUAAAGGUUCCUUGCCCUAAAAAUACUGCAAACACAUCAAACACUGCUAGUAUAGGAAGAGCUAAAUAUGAACCAGAAUAAGGAGGUAUCGUUUGGAGAAUAAAGAAGUUCUAGGGAGAAACUGAAGCUCUUCUUAGAUGUGAAAUCGUGUUGAGUAAUACUGCUCUUGAUAAAAAUUGGGUAAAACCUCCUAUAUCUCUUGAAUUCUAAGUUCCAUCAUUUACAGCAAGUGGCUUGAGAGUAAGAUUCUUGCGUAUUCAUGAAAAAAGUGGUUAUCACCCUACAAAAUGGAUUCGUUAUAUAACUAAGGGUGGUGAAUAUCUUCAUCGUAUAUGA